AUGCAGAAGACAACAGAGAGGAGAAAGGCCGAGCAUGCGUCCCUUGCGAGGGUGGCUGCGUGCCUUAUCAACGAACGAUUCGUAACUGUCUCGUUCGCGGCCAACUACAUUACUCUCUCGUACCCAAACGCAGGCGAGCCAGUUCUCAUCCAUCUUCAGCAGCCAUUUCCAUUUCAAGACGUCCUAGAUGCAUCCGAGGUGCCCCAAGUCGUCACUUACAAGGGCAUGGCUGUUGCAGACGGUGCAGAACUGAUACGCAUCAUUGGAAAAUGGAGGAACAUCGACGAAAGCCUCCUGGACAAAGUAAGCCGAGAAUUUGACAACUCUGUUGCCAACAUGGAGCUUGCAUACUGUCGCCAACUUUCUCUAUCAUUCGAUUCUCCUGCCAUCGACUGGGAGCAAGCGCUGAUUGAAGCGCAUGGCUUGCACCCUUGGCACAAGUGCAGGUAUCCCGAAGUAGGACAUUUCCUAGACGCAAAGCUCUACUUCGUCAGGCUGCCGAGCGACGGCGUUACCAUUGUUGGAGACUACAAGGAAAGGAUCCAACAACUUCUCUUCCCGACCGGGCUCGAAAAAGACAUCAUCGACGACGGGAGCAUCGUCUUCCCAGUUCAUCAGCUACAACUGUCCCGCGUUAUGGAAAUAUUUCCACAGGCCGAACUCCUGAAUAAGACCGUCACGGCCCGUUCUCAGAGCUCUGUGAGGACCAUGUCAGUCGCUGGUGCCGAUUUCUGCGUCAAGGUACCGCUUGCCUUGAAAAUUACGUCCAACGUUCGCACGAUCAAGCCGUGGUCCGUUACCAUAGGAUACCGGAUUGAGCCUGUUCUGCGCCUGGUAGAGCAGGCUGUCGCGUCGUUUGGCGGCUCCCUAACGGCGCUGCGUGAGUAUGGCGCCGCAGCAUCCUCUAGCCCGCACUUAGGCUGUGUCUUACGCCAGAGCCUGGAAUCGGUUGAAUCCGAGACUGGAGACAAGCUCAUUGUGUGUGUUGCGCUGAUGGAGCAUCUGCAUCUCGUCUGGGCCCCGGCAUCGCAUGAGGAAAAGCUCGACCUGCUUCGAGAAUUCUGUCGCCAUCUCUUCCGAGCCGUUUUACCGUCUGUUUUUAUUUACGGCUUUGCGCUGCAGGCUCAUGCACAGAAUCUCCUCAUACGGCUGCACCCAAAAACACGUGCGAUCCGAGGGUUCUAUAUUCGCGAUUUUACCUCCUUUAGAGUGCAUAGGGAGUCGUUUGCAAAAGCAUGCUCCCUGGAUAUCGACACGGCGCAGUUUCUCACGAGCAUGGAUUCUCGAGCAAAGGUAUACAAAUACAUACAUACAGUCAUUCACACGCAUGUGGCCUCCAUGGUUUUAAAGCUGAAGUUGGGCAUAAUGGGAUGGAGAGCCGCCCGGGAGGAGCUGGAAAAGAUUAUUCCUGCUGAAGAUGCACUGGCGAAGGAAUGGUUAACGAGCCCAACUGUAGAGGCUCGAGCAACGUUGGCCAUGCAGAUAUACGGCGUGGAUAAAGAGUUGAGAUUGGUCGAGGUCACUAACCGCUUCUACCACUGCUAG